AUGGAGGAAGAAAAGACGAACUUGAGAUUGGACGUAGACGUUCAGAAGCUUGAAACUGAGACAUUAAGGAAAGAGAAAAAUAAGGCUGAGGAGGAGUUGGGUAGUCUGAAGACGGAUUAUAAAAAGUUGCGAUCUCUUCGUCAGUAUCGAAAUCGAAAUUCCGCAAUAGAGUUGAAAGCAAGCUUGAGCAAGAUUGAAGAAAUGAAGCAAAGAAUCGAAGAGCUAGAAACGACGUUGCAAAAUUGUGGAAACCGGAUCAAGCACUUGGAAGUAAAUGAAAAUCGUAAUAAGGAACAGCUACACUACUUUCAGAACCAAGUUAGGAGCAGAGAUCAUAUUAUGGAGGAAGCUGUGGUCCAGAUCUGA